GAAUUAAAUGCUAUAGUGGGACGUAUGUCUACUGUGAAGAUUCCUGCUCCCUGCCGUUCUGAGGGAUUUUUGGAAUUUCUUCCGAACGACGCGAUUCGUCGUAGUUGGGGUGAGCGUCCGACUGGUUAUGGAAAGUGGGGGUAUGCUGCCAAUUUACCUCCGUACUCUCCUCCCUACCAGAAGACCGGACACCCCGCAGAUGUAUUUGAUGGCGAUUUGUCGACUGGUUAUGUGUGGAAGACCGUUUCUGUUGCUAAGGAGGACUGUCCACAAGAUAGUACCAAUUGUCAGCAAUUGACCGUCAAUGGCUUGAAGAUAGCUGCGUACAACCAGGGUGUGGGCGGUCGUCGUUGUCAUGAGUGCCGCGGUGUGUCUGGUUGUGAGGAACCGUCGCAAACCGUUCUUCCGAUUUGCUCUACCGCGGUCUGUAGCUAUUGUGAAAACUUGAACGCUGUGAUGUCCUUCGAUACCCUGGAGUACUUGCUGGUGAGGAACGUCAGUAUUACGGUGCGUGGAGAGCAUCGUUCUCCGCGAACCUUCAAGUUCUACUACUCUGUGGAAGGCAUUGAGGGUCCCUACAUGGAGUUCAACAAGGAGGUUUUUACGAUUGACAGCAUGGCUGGAAAUACUUACAACUUCACCACGACGGAUGGUAAUACGGUGAUUGGUCGCUACUGGAGACUCGAGAUUCUGUCGAACUUUGGAGAUCCGGAGCAUGUCGAACUGGUGGAGCUGGCUUUGUAUGGACGUCAGAUGAACAGCGACAAGGUGGACGCGUACUACAAGUUUGUGAGUGGCUCGGAUUGCAAUGGCGAUCCCCUGAGUACGACGUCGUUCACGUUUGGAUUUGCCUCUGAGCAGUCGACUGUGGACAAUGGUGAAUUCUUCAUCAGAGUGAACUCCAUUCAAAUUGGUCCGUUUACUCCGAAGCAUGAAGCGGAUUCCAUCCGUGAUGCACUGUAUGCGAAUGGCUUUGUGGCUACGGUGUCGAAGACCCCGCUGAUUGUGGGUAACAAGUAUGGUCAGGAGUUCGCGAUCGAGUUCUAUGGGAAUGUGGCCCCCGAGAUCCAAACUUCGCAGGAUAUGCUUAUUGGUCUCAAUAAGUUCCCGGACGAUGUAUUCAUGAAUAGCUCCUAUGUUAACCCCAAUAUGCUGAGUGCUUAUUGUGUGGAUUCUAAUUUAGCUGCGAUUAUUUCCACGUUUGCAAGAGUGCCCGAUGACCACACAGCCCGUGUGUGUGAUGCUCAGGGUAGUGUCGUAAGUUCGACGACGGUGUAUGGAGUGAAUUCGAUUACCCCUACCUAUGGACCGAUGGGAGGUACGAUUAGCAUGGCUAUUAACGGUAAUUUCGAACCGACUAUGAACAUUACGAUGGUGAGCAACAAGGUGUCUUCGUCGAAGGAUUGCUUGGAUGCUGCGUCUGUUUUGUCGGAAGACUUUUAUCCUCUGGCUAACAACCAGGUGGACAUGGAGAUCGAUGCCGAGGAGAUGAUGGAUCAUGCUCGCUUCUGCGUGCGCUACGAUGAUGAGGUGUAUGGUGUGGUCCCGAGCGCUUAUUUCUCGAUCCAGAAUGCUUUGAUCACCGAGGUGAGAACGCAGAAUUGCAAGUUGGCUCUUCUGGGAGAAUCCGUGAUUACUUUGAUUGGUUCUGGUCUGCACAUUAAUGAUACAGUUAUGUUUAUCAAGGAAGAUAGCAAUGGCCAGAAAACGGUGAUUGGAACUGGUCAUGUGAUUACUGAGAACGGCAACUCGUUUGAAGUGAAAAUGCAAUUCACCGCGGCUGGCGAUGGCUAUCUGCUUGCUAAUUUCAGUGGUUUGUCCAAGGAGUUCCAUGAUGUUAUUGUCCAUGUUUACGAUCUGCAAACAAAGAUGAAUCACUUAGUUUCUGGUACGGAAAUGGUCCUGGAAGUGUUUGGAAUGGGACCCUUCAAGGUUGAUGAUGGAAUCUUGCUGCGAAGUGGAGACGAUUAUCUGAACUUCACCUACACUUCGCAGACGCACAACAUUACCAACGUGAAUGGCGUGGAUCGAAUCAAGUUCCAGAUCUUAAUCAGCAGUCCGGCGGAUGAUCGUGAGUACACGCUGUACUAUCAGGCUUCCCGCAAUACGGAUAUGUGCGAUACUCCCUUCAACCUGGGUGCUGUGUUUACCUUCCACAUUGUGACGUCGGUGACCACCAAGAUGGGUAACGGAAACGUCAAUUUUGUUACUACCGUGUUGAAUAAGGAAACUACGAUCACGCUUACGGGACUGUCGCUGGAUGAGACUGACACGGCUUAUUAUUGGAAUGAGGCGGAUCAGAUUCGAGCCGAUGUCAAUUUCUUUAGCAACAGUAAGACGGAGCGUAUGGGAAAUUUGACGUUUGUGAGCGAGGGAAGCUACUACUUGGUGUACGGAUUUAUGAAUGGCGACCUGAAGGUGGAGGUUCCGUACUCCGCAUUAGCUAUGAACGUCUCCUCGAUUACCGGAAUUGCUGUGGGACUGGAAAGCAACACCACGCAGAUGACGGUGAAGGAUCUGCCUACACUGGUGGAGUAUAUGGGUCACGGCAUCCAUAACAUCACCCGCGAUGCUGCUUAUCACGAUCUGACCCCCGACCCUUCGCUCACCGGAGGAAACGACGCGAGCGGAAGGAAGUACGCAAGCAACCGUGCGGUCGCUUCGCACGGUCCGUACGUGACUGUGGAUGAUCUGAAGAACCCGAUGGAUGCAGUGUUUGCGUUCGAGAACGGAGGUCGAUCGACCGAACUGAACCACUGGAUCAUCUACGACUUCAAGAGCUUGAUCACGAUUGAGGAGUUCGGAAUGUACGUGAACAGCGUGUUCUUCCAGCAGCUGCCUCGUGACUUCGAGCUGCAGCGUCUGAUGUUCUGCUACGACGAUAGCUGCGUGUUUGAAGGAGAUAACGCUCUGGCGAACGCUCCCUGGGAGACUGUGCUGAGCGUCAAGGAUAUGGAAAAGACCAACGUCACAGCUUUGGGCGGAUUCCAGAACUACAAGCUGCCCCGUGCUGUGUCUGCUCGUUACUACCGUUUGUACAUCACGAAGAACUGGGGAAGUCCCGUGUAUACGAGCGUGAUCCAGGUGAAUUUCGUGGGCUCGAAUGCUGGGGACAACGAUAUGAAUCUUGCCCUGUGGGCGCCGGAGUCCCAGACUGUUUGGGAUAGGGACAAGACGUGGAUUGUGAGUGCGAUUGGCCACUCCACUCUGGAAACCUUCGUAACCUCCAAUCGUAGUGUGCUGUGGUACGACUUCAGUAGCACGGACAGCAAGGUGGAUCCUAUUCGUUUGAGUCACAUCCGUAUGAACGUUGCUGAAGUGGAUAUGAAUGAUGUUUGGAUUGAGAACAAGAAGGUGGCUUCGAAUGUGGUCAAGGACUUUGAGAUUAACACUGUGUACGGUCGCAUUGGAGAUAAGAUCAAGUUUGCUCUCCCUGGUUCGAUGGAAGAUGCGGAUUGUUGGACGGCAGAUAGCAAGGCCUUUGGUUCCGUGAUCGAUGUUCAUGAGGUCACACUGCAGUUCAGUGCUCUCACUUUCACCGGCUCUUUUAUCAUCGAGACGAACAACUCGUACUUUAUGGACUUGAACAAGGAUUCUACAAAUGGCAUCAAUGUUGCGAUCAAGAAGGAGCGGACGGUCCCUAUCUUUGUCCAGGAUACGGAUCAGGUCGCCUCCAUUAAGCUGGAGCAGCUUACCGGAGUGGAUAAGGCGGAUGUGACGAUCCGAUACACGAGCAACAAUUCCAUUACUGUGACGAUUUCUGUGUUGGAGCCUGCUCUGACGCAGCCCGACUUCAAGCUGAUCCUUCCGGGUGACAGCUCUGUGGAGUGCAGACAGUGUGACUACGUGGAUCGUUGCAAGGAUAAGGAGUUUACGAUCGCCCCUCAAAGCGACGCAUCUGGAAGUAUCUACACCCUGCAGAUCACGGACGAUAGUGAGUGCUCGAUGAGUGAUUUCUUGCUUAACCGCGAGUACCAAAUGAAAUACUCCUCCACUGAGCAGGGAUCUGGCAUCUUUACGUUCACUCCUGUUGAGUUCAUCAGCAGCAAGGUGCUGAUCAUCGCGAACCCGUCGUUGCAUUAUGGCGCGAAGGUCAUUGCGAGCGAGGUGAAGACUUGCCCGGCGACGAACGAGUGCACGAAUUUCAGCAAUACUCUUAUCUCCCAGCAGAUCGUCCACAAAGUGAAGGGUCAUGCGGCAGUCGGUGUGGUUAACGCUAUGCAAGGUGAUAAGGCGAACGUGAGUAUGACGUUCAUUUACAAUUCGGAUUAUCCCAAUCUGAACGCUCCUUUGUGCUACAAGUUCGGAGACCUUCCGUGGAAGCUCUACAAGAACUACAUGAUUGAUCUGCGAAGCGUGAUCGAUGUCACGCCGCGCAAGUUCAUUGUUGGAGAGGAGCGGGAAGUGACGAUUUCUGGAACGGAUGAAAGUAUUAGCGAAGGAGAUGAACUGCGCGUGCUGUGGAGAGGUGAGGACUGCAACAACCCAGACAAUUGGGUGAAGUUCUACAAUGGCGCCAAUUCCACGGUGCAGACUCUGAAAGUGGGAGCGGGCGGAAAGGUGCGCAUGAAUUUCCACGCCUCGCUUCCUGUGAGCCAGUCGCUCACUCUCUGCUACAAAUUCGCCGGUGAGAAUGAGGACUUUGUGAACUAUCCGCUGAUUACUUUCGACGUCAUGAAUCUGGUGAGCCUGGAGGCGUCUGACGCUACCUAUGCGAACGAUCUUGUUGUAGCGAAGCAGAAGAAGGAGUUUAUCAUCAAUGGAAAUGGCCUUUCGAACCUGGAUGACUUCUUCUUCGUUCAACAGACGGUGGACUACUGCGAUGAGGGAUCGAAGGUGGACGCCACGAUCAGCGAAAUCACGUUGCUCUCCCCGAACGAGCUGAGGUUCUCUGUCGUUUUCUCGCAGUCCUAUGUCGAUAUGUUGAAGAUUUGCUAUCGCUUUAGCAACUAUAACGAGGAGGUUAAGAGCGUCAUGAAUGACGCUCUGCCGCUGUACGUAGUGGCGAUUAGCGGCGUGAAUCCCACGUAUGGAUUUGCCAAGAAGAACUCUGUGCUGGUGAACUACUUCGGCAACUAUCCUUCCUCUUACACCAUGGGAGAUCAUGCAAAGUGGGUGUUGCAGGACUCGGAGGAGCCCGUUACUGUGGAUGUGGAUGUGAGCAAUCGAGGAAGCAACCACACCAGCAGUGUUGCGUUCGAGACGAAUGGAAAGUACAUUCUGAGCUACCAGUUUGGAAACGAGCCAUUCAUGGAGUAUCCUGAUAUCUAUAUGCAUGCUCUGGAGCUGAUUGGCUUGAAUAACUCGCAUGCAGUGGUCGGUUGUCUGUACCGUCCCGAGAUGGAGCUCUAUUACUACCGUGCGUUGACGGAUCCGAAUGUGAGGGACAGUUUGUCCUUCAAGAGAGUGGGCGGAAGUUGCAUGAACCCGGACGAUAAGCUCCCGAUUCUGAGCGCGAAUGGAGCCCAGAGCAACUACACCGACGUGCUGAAUGACGAGGAGAAGGGUGAUCGCACGGCGUAUGCUGAGUUCUUGGUGCAGGACAUUUCUGGAGGCGACUAUUCCUUCUGCUACAGAUGGGGUAAUAAGGAGGUGAUCGAUUAUUCGAACAUCCAGGUUACCUUCUACAGCUUUACUGGUUUCAGCAUUGCCGGAGGCAGCGCUUCGGAUUCCUUGGUGGAGAGAAUUGAAAAGACGAUGAAUGUGAUGGGAAGCGGCGUGGAUGAGGCGGAUGAAAUCCGUCUGAUUGUUCCUAGAGGCUCGAGCGACCCCAUGUGCACCGUGGAAGCCAACAAGGGUGAUGACGAGUGCGAGGCUCCUUUCGAGGACAAGACGUUCACGGUGAACUCCAACAAGCAGGUGAACAUUUUGGUGGAGUCGGUUCCUUCCGGAAAGCUGCAGGUGUGCUACAAGUUCAAGAACGUGGGCUAUUUCGUGAAGAUGCCGGUGUACCUCACCGUGUCUGGACUGAACAGCGUGACUGUGAACCAGGGUUCGGCGGAUGUGAUGGUCGUGGGCGUUGAGAAGACGUUCACGUUCAAUGGACUGGGCAUUGAUAGCGGAGAUCGCGUGUACUGGGGUCUGACCUGCAGUGGCGAGCAGAGCGAUAUGAUUUCGCAGGAAGUACUGUUGGACGAGAAUCUGUCGGCCACGUUCCUGUUCACCAGCCCCACGACCACGGAUUUGAUUCUCUGCUUCGGUCAUGCUCAGGAAGAGUACCGAGGCUACCCGAACUACCAUCUGACUGUGAAGGAGUUGCAGACCGUGAGCAGUGUCGAUCCGAACGGCCAGACGGAUUUGGCCAUCGUGGACCAGGCGAAGACGGUGGAGUUCCGCGGCGUUGGUAUUGCGAGCGGUACGGUGGAUGUGGCUCGCUGGGUGCGCGGCACGUCCUGCGAGAGCGAUGUGGUGCCUCUGAUGAGCUCGAGCACGAUCGACAUGGGAUCGAUUGACUUCGAGGUGGAUCCCAACGAUGCGGACCGCUACUUGCAGAUCACUUCGUCGAGCACCCGCCUGGGAAGCGCGAUGAAGGCCGCCAGCUCCUCCGCGAACUCGGUGGUUGUGGGAUCGGACCACACCGCCUCGUUCCUGUUUGCAGAGGAUUCUUCGGAGCAGGAGAACGAGCGUUUCUUCCUGUGCUACAAGUUUGGUGACGAGCCCUUCAAGUUGUACGACGAGAUUACGAUGCGCGUGUACGAUUUGUACGAUGCCGCCAGUUACAGCAAGGACGACAAGAGCGACAGCAAGUACCUGGUCGCUGCGGGAGCGAUGUCGACGGUCGAGUUUUCGGGCUAUGGCAUUGCUGAGGGCGAUCGUGCCUACUGGGUGAAGAGCGAUCGUACUUGCCGACCGAUGAACGCGCUGCCGAUCACGUCGCUGCACCUCUAUGAGGAGAACAUUGUGUACGUGGACGCUCUCUUGAAGACGACGGUGAACUUUGUGAACGGAUACGAUGGAGCUGUGUCGCUUUGCUACCAGUUCCAGAACGAGAUGCCCAAGCGUUACAACUUCCCCUACCACGUGGCGCGUGUGAAUGGCGUGCGCAAUGUGGAUGGCACGAAUGUGUUCGUGGGAGGUGUUCCUGUGAAGCUCACCUUCUAUGGAUACCACGUCAACGAAGAAUCGCAGUUUGACGAGUUUGGCUGGACGAAGGGCGAGGAUUGCUCUGCCUCCAAUCUGGUGACUAUGCUGAACGUGGAUACGCAGGAGAAGGUCACGAUGCACGCUCUGAAUGGCGGCAACCGCGAGGCCACCGUCCAGUUCCUGGAGGGAGGCACGUUCUCGCUGUGCCACAUUUUCGGUAAGGAGGAGAUCGUGCACUACGCGGAUGUCCAGAUCGAGGUGCGCAUCAUUGAGGAAAUCAUUCCUUGGUGGACUCCUGAGGAGUCGGCCAUGGGUUACAGCAUGGCUCGCGUGGCCGUGAAGGGCGCUAUGAAGCGCUGGAAUGUGCGCGGCGUCUUUGAGACUGGAGAUUUGCUUCGCUUCGCUAUGACGGGAGACUGCAACUGCAACUUGGCUCGCAUGUCGACCCCGAUGGCUCCCACUCUGGAGAUGACUGAGAUUCCGAUCCAGCGCGACGAAGUGACCGGCAACUAUUACUUCACGGUUGCGUUCCUCGACGCGAUGGACGUGUACAACCAGCCCUUCACUGUGUGCUACCGUUCUCGCAGCGAUCUGCUGUACUACCCCACGACGAUGAAGAUUGAGGUGUACACAAUUGAGGAGAUCAACUCGUCCGUGGGAGCUACGAACGUGCUGGUCGUAGGAGAGGAGAAGACGUUGGAGUUCUCGAGCUCGAAGAACGUGGGUGUGAGCGUAAAGGACAAGAUCGGCUUCUCGCUGAACAGCAACUGCGAUCAGCUGGAGCUUGCUCCUGUGCAGUUGAAUGAGAACUACGAAGCGUCCGUGAAGAUCGAUGUGAGCUAUUACAACAACUUCAACCUGUGCUACCAGUUCGACGGCCAGCCUUUCAUGAGUCUGGGCAUUGUCCGUGUGUUCGAUGUGAUGGAUGUGGUUGCGACAUGCGACAACUGCUCGAACAACACCUCGAUCAUGUACGUGACGAAGGAGUUCGAGUUCCGCAUCAACGGCCAGCAUUUGGAGGGAGUGCCCGAGUACGCGAAGUGGGUGUAUGGCGACGAGGGAUGCGAUGGUCGUGCCGCGCUGCUUUCUGAGACGGAGGGAGAGACUCCGAAGGACUACUCUUCGGAGUUGAUCGAGAUCACGGAGGUCGUGGCGGAGAGCGCUGCGAAUGUGUCGAAGCUGAUCCAGUCCUCGACGGAGGUGGUGAACGCGCUGCAGAUCGUUUCGGGCAAGAUGUCGCUGACGUUCUUGCAGAGCUCGUAUCCGGCCGUGGACAACGAGUUCCGUCUGUGCUACAAGUUUGGUGACGAGCCGUUCAAGCUGUAUCCCGACAUCCGCAUGACGGUGGUUGGAAUCGAUUCGAUUUCUUCGAACAAGGGCAUGUACUCCACGAUGCUGGUGAACGAGCCCGAGACGUGGGUGGUCCAGGGUUUCGGAUUCUCGGACAAGGACAAGAUGCGUCUGGUCGUGGGCAUGGACUGCCAUGAAAACAUCAUGGCGGAGACGGACGUGUAUGCCACCAAUCCUGUGGAGGCCUAUGUGAAGGAUCUGACCAUUGCGCAGGCCAGCGCGUCCAUGAUGACGUUGUGCUGGAAGUUCGAUGAGGAGGACUACACGCUGAUGCCCAAGUUCACGGUGACUGUGAACGACGUGACGAGCGCGACCCCUGCGUUCGCCAUCCAGGGCAUUUCCCGCACCUUCGAGUAUGAAGGACUGGGCGUGAAGAUGGGCGAUCGGAUUCGCUACGCUACGGGAGACUGCGAGCACGGCAUUGCUCUCUACGACGGCAUUUCGGAUAAGAAACUGGCCAGCGACCACACGGUGAGUCUGAAGUUCGAUGCGGCCAGCCUUCUGCCCUACAAGCUGUGCUACAAGUUCGAUGAGGAGCCUUACAAGCAGUACAGCGCGUUCACCGUUGAUGUGGCUACCGUAACCGGCAUGCGCUACGACGGAAUUGACUACACCUCGCUGACGCUCGGUUUGGGCGUGGAUUACCAGAUCACUGUGACGGGUAUCAAUGUGCACGCUGGAGACCGUAUCCAGUUCGUGCCUUCGCGCUACCAGGACUGCCAGUCGAUCUCUUCGACCAAUCCUCCUCUCUUUGACACUCCGUAUGUGGUGGAGGGCGACGUGGACAAGGAGAGCGUGAAGUUCACCGUGCGAGGCGAGAUUUCUGGAAGCUACAAGAUGUGCUACGCCUUCGGCUCUGAGCUGGAGAUGGUGCUCUACCCUGAUUACACGCUGGUGUUCCAGGGAGUGCUGGAUGUGGUUGCGGAUUAUGGAGACGACUUCGUCCUCGUGGCGGGUCAUGAGAAGACGUUCACCAUCACGGGAACGGACGGUGUGGGCACGGGCGAUCGUGUCUCCCUGACUCGCACUGCUCGUUGCGAGGAUGCGGAUUAUGUGGCGCUGAACGCGGAGGAAGCCAAGUUCGUGACUGUGGACGCGAACAAUCGGAUCGCGAUUACUGUGCAGGAGACUUCGUCCAAUGCGGAGCUGAGUUCGAUGGACGGCUCGCACCACUGCUUCGGUAUGUGCUACAGCUACAAGGAUUCUCCGGAUACGAUUCUCAUGAGUCGUUUCUGCUACGCGACUGCGGAUAUCAUGCCGAUGACGAUCGACGUGAUUCAGGGUCAGCCGACGCAGCUGCAGCUCGAGGGUUACAUGUUCCAGGACGGUGAUCAGUACGUGUGGACGACUGCCUCCGACAGUUCUUGCGAGGACGCGAAUCGUGCUGGUUUCGUCUCUUCGGCUGAGGGAGAGGCGAUGCACUCUCUUGGAAAGGCGGUUCCGUUCUACCCCGUUCCUAGCACGGGCUACAUUGAGGAGGACAGCACGGAGCUGUACAACUUGCUCUCUUCCUUCCAGGAUGCUUCUUCGCUGAGCCAUGUGGAGUCUGCUUCGUUCGAUUCUGCCGUGGUGGAGGCUGGUUUGUAUGACGAGUCGAACAACGCCCUGUCUGCUUCUCUGUGCUACAAGUUCGGUAGCGAGCCGAUGUACCGCUUCGACUUGUCUGUGGACACUCUUCGCAUGACGGAAGUCACUCCUUCCGUCGUGACGCUGAAUGCCGAUGCGGUGCUCCGUGUGUCGCUGAGCCGCCCGAUUACCAAUGCUGUCGUGAAGUUUGUUGCCUCGGGCUCGAGUUGCAGCAGCAGCAGCAACAUUCUUGUUGUUGGCGGAGCUUCGGAGUUUAACGCUACACAGGAGAUCGCGGGUAAGGUCACUGUGGAGGGCGUUGCGGAAGAGUCGUACACUCCUUGCUUGCGUCUUGGAGUUGGCGAGUAUCACGCCUUCGAUCAGUUCUCUGUGCGCUUGGUCCACUUCGCGAUGAAGACCGAGGAGUUGCUUGUGGCGGACUAUCCUUCGACGCUCACCGUCACGUCGCGCGUUGGCGUGCUGGCUUCGGACAAGUGCUACUUCACCGCGAGCGAUUCUUGCACUGGUGGAGUGGGUGCGAUGGAUCUGAUCAUCGAUGGCGUGAGAACGACGACCUUCAGUCCCGCUGCUGACUUCAUCAGCCUGACGUUCCUGAGCUCUGGCAAGGAGCUGAAUCUGUGCUGCCAGUUCGCCGAUGGCGAGAUGCAGCUGGUGCAGACGAACGUGAUUGUGGAGAUUGCCCAGUUGCUCCAUCUGCGAGGUCUGAAUGUGCACUACUCGAUGCUGCCCUACAACAUGGAGAAGCAGAUGCGCCUGUACGGAAGCGGCUUGGUGAGCGGCGAGUUCUGGCUGACUCGGACGGACGCGGAGUGCGACGACUUGAAUGGUCGUCUGGAGCUGGAGGGCGCGACGAACAAUGCCGUGAGCGUGCUUCCGGGCCAGAACAAUGAAGUGUCGAUGGUGUCUCUGGGUCGCGAUAUUGAAACGUACACGCUGUGCUACAACUAUCGCAGCACGGCGACCUACCGCUACGACCAGUUCCAGUUCUAUUCGAUCAGCAUGAACGAGAUCGUGGCUGCCAACGGAGAGAACUUCAAGGCGGUGGUGAAUGUGCCCAAGACAUUCUACGUGUAUGGAUCGCACCUGAGCACCAACGACUACAUCGGAUUCUCGUACGACGAGGGCUGCAGCAGCAGCAACAUGGUUUCGAUCGUGGAAGGAGACGGUCAUUACGUCCCGCUGCAGCAGAACGCGGAGGGAACGCUGUUCUUCGUGGUGACCUUCUUGGAGAACUCGGAGAGCGCGCCGGCGGGAGAGUUCCGUCUGUGCUUCAACUCGUAUCUGAACGGCAACAUUCCGGUGGACUUCAAGAUGAAGGUGUUCGAGCUGCUGCAGAGCCAGUGGAGCCAGGACGUGACGACGGCCACGGGCGAGUCCGUGACGAUUGUGGACACGGAGGGCGAGAAGAUGUCGGUCAAGGGCUUCCGUGUGAACGACAACACCAACCAGCAGGAUCGCGUGAAGUUCGUGAAACAGGGCGGCAGCGAGGAAGAGGCGCUGGAGUUCAUUGGAGCGGACGAGGGCACGGGCGAUCGUCUUCCCGCGUUCUCGAGCCUUCCCGAUAAGAGUUCUGCCUCCGUCUCCUCGUCGAAUGUGAUCAGCGCGUCGGACAAGGUGGAGUCGAUCCGUUCUGCGUUCCAGUCUGCUCAGGAUGUCGGUACCGUGGCGUACAUUGAUAAUGCGGCGUUGGUGGAGGGCUUCGAUGGCUCGACCAACGGCAUUCGCUUCAUGGAUUCUGUGGAGAACGAAGUGGUGGAGCCGUUCGUGCAGUUCGGCUACGAGGACUUCGCUCGCUCUCCCAAGGCGGCGUUCGAGCUGUUCCACAUUGACGAUUUCCGCAGCGUGGCGGAGGAGAGCGGCGCCCACGAUGUGGUUGUGGACAUGCCGAAGGCGUUCCGUCUGGUUGGUGCGAAGGUGAGCGAGGGAGACAAGUUCUGGUUCGUGGAGCCGUCGCUGACCUGCGCGGACCAGAAGGCGGAGAUCACGCUCAAUGGCGUGAAGGGUCGUCAGGAAGUGGUGGUGGAGGCGAACGCGACCGAGUUCCUGCUGACGUUCCAUGACAAGGUGCCGACUCUGAGGCUGUGCUACCAGUUCAGCGCGCGCGCGGACGUUGUGAAGGACUACGCGUCGAUCCAGCUGUCUCUGCACACGAUCAACGCGAUCGCGCCUUCUUCGGUGCGAGUGAACAAGUGGUCGGAUGUGGAGUUCACGGACGCGAUUGGCAUGAGCAUGGGCGACCAUGUCCGCUGGAUUGCGAACGACGGCGUGAGCGACUGCUCGCAGAACAUCAUUGCUUCCGGCGAGAUUGCCUCGAACACGUCGACGGCGAGCUUCUUCUUCCGCCAGCCUGUGGGCGGCGUGAGCUCUGUGUAUCUGUGCUACAAGUUCGGCGAGGAAGAGUGGAUGGCGUACGCGUCGCUGAAGAUCCAGCUGGCCGAGACGAUGAGCAUGAUGCCUCACGACGCCGUGCUCUCGCUGCCUCGCGAGUUCACGGUGCAGGGAAGCGCUCAGAAGGAGGAGGAUCGCUUCGCGUUCGUGCCGAUGGCGGAGAGCUGCGAGGGCGUGACGAACGCGGUGGCGGCGACCUCUCUGGGCGAGCACAUCGUGUCCUUCACGUGGACGUUCACUUCGGCGGAUUCGCAGUGGAAGCUCUGCUACCUGUCGGAGGGCGUGUGGAUGGAGUACGCGGAUCUGGACUUCCUGGUGAGUGUGUACACGGUGACGGCCAUGCCUACGGUGGAUAUGGGAGCGAACGAGAUCCUGGUUUCUUCGCUGCAGAAGGACUUCAUGAUUGAGGGCGUGGGCACGGACAACGAGGCCAACUCGCUGUUCUUCGUCCCUGCCGCAUCGGAGGGCUGCUCUGCGAACUAUGACAUUGCGGUGGAGCCUCUGGGCAACAGCCGAUACCGCCUGUCGACCAACGUGCCGAGCGGCGUAUACGAGCUGUGCUACCAGUUCUCGAGCUUCCAGGCAGUGCGCUACCCGACCAUCCAGAAGACCGUGAUCAGUUUCACCGCGCUGAACGUGGCGGAGGGCGAUGUGACGGUGGCUGUGAAGGAUAUUGCGUCGACCUACUCGGUCUCUGUGCAGAACAUGCAGCAGCUGCAGGACGACGAUCAUCUGUGGUUCGGUCGUAGCGGAACGGAGUGUGCCGAGGCGGUGCCCAUGGUGGAUGCCACUGGCGCGACCGUCAACGAGCUGGUGUUCGCUCAUCCCUACACGAACACGCACUCUGUGAGCAUCACGGAGACGGGAACGUUCGACGUGUGCUACCGCUUCGCGUUCGAGCAGACGCUGCGCACUGGCUUCGUGGUGAAUGUGAAGGACGUGACGGGCCGUUCUCCUGCCUACGUGUACGACAACAUUCCCAGCCCCGUCUCGUUCAUGGGUGUGGGAAUCGGAAGCGGCGAUAUCGCUCGAUGGAUUCCCACGGGCGAGGAUUGCAGCUCGGCGAACGCGAUCUCGGCUGUGGUCAGCGGUACUUCGGCGACCUACACGAUUACUCCGGUGAGCCAGGAGGGCGAGUACUUCGAGCUGUGCUACCAAUUCUCGGGCUCGCCGGUGAUGAAGCACUACCCUGCUCUGACGAUGGUGGUGAGACCUGUGGGCGUGUUCGAGGUGUCGCUGGGUUGCCGCAAGUACGUGGAGUGGAAGGUGACGAUGUCCGCGAGCGCCCCGGAGACUGUGCCGAUGACGUACACGCGCGAGGACGCGAACGUCGUGGCCUUUGAGAUGAAGCGCGGUGCUACGCAGUCGGAGGUGAAGCGUGGUCUGAACGGCCUGGGCGCUGUGCGUGUGACCUCGACGCCUGCUGCCUCGGGUGCGGAUUCGGUGUACUACAUGGUGUUCUUGGAAGACGAGUGCUCGAAUGCGAACAUGACCUCGCCUUGCGCGUUGUCUAGCAGCAGUGCUGUCGCGGGUGUGACUGUGACGCGCGAGCGUAUUCUGGACGAGUGUAUGGCGGCCUCCAACGUGGAGAAGACGCUGCGUGUGCACGGAUCGGUGGGCAUGAACGAUCGUCUGUUCUUCGUGGAUUCGGAGAGCGAGUGUACUGUGGAGAACGCGGCCAAUGCCGCCACGAUGAAGGAGUGCGAUUUGGAGAAGGAGGAGUGUCUGUCGUCUAUGACUUUCACCGCCUCGACUUACAGCGACAUGGUGGUGCAGCUGACCUGCCAGACGAACGAGGCGUACUCUUCGACGGAGGGUCUGUACAUGGCGAUGCGCUUGGAUGGUCAGAUCUCUGUGCUGUACCCGGAUUCGAGCUUCAGCAGCAUCUCCCAGGACAUGAUUGUGCGCGAGGUGUCCACGGUGAACAUCCCUGCGUUGAAGGCGAUGCUUUCCGAGUUCUACGGAGUUACCAGUGUCGACGUUGCUUCGAACUACAACACCUUCUGCCCGACGAACGCCGGCGAGAGCUACACUCACACUGUGACGCUUCACGGCGUGCGUGCUGAGUACGCUGCUGGCUACCAGCCGAUCUCUGUGUCGUUCUUCACGCUGCAGGACCUUCAGUUCGUCCCUACGACCUCGACCAAGUUCUCCGUGUCGGGUGUGGUGGAAUCGUAUGGACGUCGCUCGAAGAGUCUGUGCUACGCGUUCAACGGCAACGUGCUGCAGUACUACCCGGACGUGACGAUGGAGGUGUACGACGUGGAAGCUCCGGUGGUGGGAGCGGAGAGCGCCUUGACGAACUCCGUGUUCCACUCGACGGGCAGCGAGUUCACGAUCGCCUUCAACGGCGUCGCGGAGCGCUGCAAGCCGGAGACGGUGGCGAACUUCCAGAUCAACGGCCGUCCUUCGAUCGACGCGCACUUCCUGUACCUGUCGAAUUUCCACAACCUGAUUACGGACUUUGAAACGGAUACGACGGCGAAGCUGGCCGCCGGAAGCGAGGCUUGGAUGGUUCCCGACUUCGCGCAGUGCAAGAAGAUCAGCCGUCUGUACUGGCUGCCGAGAGGAGAGACGAACCGCCGCGUGCAGUCCAUCAACUACCAGUACUCGAACCAGAUCGGCGGACCCUGGUCGCCUUCGUUCUUGGAUGUGAACGUGGACUUCUCCUCGCUGACCGGAUUCUACGGACUGAGCAGCAAGGGCCGCUUCGUGAAGAUGAUUUUCGAGAAGAGCGUGCUGGAUGCGUUCUACGUGAUCUCCGAUCCGAUCUUCGUCGGCCAGGACUGCGACUACGCUGCUUCGACCGACUUCCGUCCUCAGGUGCAGAUUUCCUGCACGAAUCCUUCGAAGUGCGGCUCGUACUCGACGGUGCUGGAUCUGAGCACGUGCUCGCGCUCGGCUGUGGUGAGCGGCUUGCCGUAUGGAGAGUACUCGAUCCAGUAUCGCGUGUCCAGCGACGACAUGUGGGCCACGAUUCCCAACACGCCGACCGUGGAUGUUCUGAUGUUGAGCACGAUUCAGCCGAACCGUCUGAUUGCUGGUGAGUCUUCGCCGAUCACGUUGAGUCUGUCGUCGGGAAGCGUUGCUCAGAAUGGCGACCGCAUUCGUUUGGUGAAGGUGCCUGCUGGCUUCUCGAGCGUGAAUCCUUGCUCCGAGUUCGGCUAUCCUCUGCCUGAGACGAUGACCAUUUCCUUCAUGGCUGCUACGGACGUGAACGGCGAGCAGCACAUUGCUGUGACGAACGGAAACGACUUCACCUCGCUGCUGUCGGUGGGCGACAAGGUGAUCGUGCUGGACACGGUGGGUCUGAAGGCGUACAAGAUGACGAUUUCGCAGCUGUCGGCCACGCAGAUGACCUUCGUCGAGAAUCUGAAUGAGGUGGACACGACGCAAGAGUUCGUGCUGCAGCUGUUCAACGAGUAUUCUGUGGAGGUGGUGGACGGCGUGACGCGCACGACCGAGGCGGUUUCCUUCCUGACUCCGAGCUCGGAUGUGUCUGCCUGCUACAUUCGCCAGCCGCUGGAGCGCAACAGCUGGUACGAGCUUCCGAACGUGUUCAACGUGGUGGCCGUGGAGUCGAUCGCUGUGGAGAACGUGAUGGAGCCUUCUCGCCGCAUCCCGGUGGUGAAGGAUCUUCCUGUGACGAUCCAGUUCCGCGGUUCGGGCCUGCGUGUGGGCGAUCGCGCCUACUUCGUGCCUAUGGGAAGCGAGUGCAGCAGCGGAUCGGCGGCUCCGGUGGCGCCGGUGGAGCUGGAUUCGUUCGGCGUGGAGUACACGUUCGGCGAGUUUGUGUUCUCGGAUGCGGAGGAGUACGAGCUGUGCUACAUGUACAGCAGCGCCGUCCUGCCGGGCACCAGCGUGGAGGAGGCGACCUUCUACAAGGUGAGCGGCCUGGUGGUUGCUGCGAACACGGUGCUGAGCGUGGCCUCGGUGAGCAAGGGUGUGACGACGGGAUUCGUUUCGGACUACGAGAAGGACAUUACGUUCUCGCUGGUGGAGCAUACGGUGAUGGAGAACUCGUUCUACGUGGUUUCGGGCCAGGCUACGAGCUGCUCGGAGGAUGCUUCUGUGGGCAUGAACGUGACCGCUCUGUCUUCGUCUUCGUUCCGCGUGACCUUCACUUCUGUCGGUCUGGAGACGAGCCAGCCUCUGCAGCUGUGCUUCCGCUUCGGCAACUAUCCUGCGCAGCUGUACCCGUCGAUCACGUUCAAGGUGACGGAGCUGUUCGGACUGACGGGCAACCUGGUGGACGAGGACGGUUAUCUGGAUCAGGCGGUGGUGGACGGCAGCAAGCCGCUGUCCAUCUACGGAAUGCAGCUGGCCACUGGAGACUACAUCAAGUUCAUCGGUCUUGACGAGGACUGCGACACGAACACGGGCUUCGGCCGCCGCCUGGAGGUGGUCCAGCCCGAAGACGACCCGAACGCGAGCAUGGUGACCUGCCCCGAGGGCUCUGCGCUGUGCCAGGCGACGAUGCACUUCAACCGCGAGAGCAUGGACGACGUGCACGCGUGCUACUGGUUCUUCAACGACCCCGGCUACUGGAAGAGCUAUCCUUACUCGCUGCGCGUGACGCAGCCCGGCGAUCUGCUGUUCACUUCGGUGGAGGGCCUGAACGACCGCGGUCUGGUGGCCGGCAACACCAAGACGUUCCACAUCCGCGGCAACGGUGCCACGUACGGAGACAAGGUGUACUUGGUGGAGGACCAGCAGAACUGCAUGGAGGAGAACGCCUGGGACAACCGCGUGUUCCUCACGGAGGUGACGGAGCUGAACAACGUGUUCGCGGUGGUGGUGAGCAUGAGCUACGUGACGCCCGGCUCGAAUCUGCGUCUGUGCUACCAGUUCUCUACGCUGCCCGCGUUCAACGACAAGGUGAGCGGCCUGUUCCACAUCAACGCGAUUACGGGCAUCGACGCGGACUUGACGAGCGGCAGCACUUCGAUCGCCAUUGCUGGCAUGAGCAAGAACUACUACUUGACGGGCGUUGGCUUCUCGAUGGGAGACCAGGUCGCUUGGGUGACGGAGGAGGAGACGUGCGAGCAGUCGUCUCACAUGACUGCGGUGCUGAUGGAUACGGAGAACGGCGCCUACUACUCGCCGGUGCUGUUCACCUCUGUGGAGGCGGGCAAGACGUUCCGUCUGUGCUACAAGUUCGCGUACGAGAGCUGGAUGGAGUAUGCGAACAUCACGGUGAUGGUGAAGCAGUACGGAGGCAUCAGCAUGACCUCGGCGGGCGCCAGCGACGUGCUGGUGCUCAGCACGGCGAAGACCUUCUUCCUGGACGAUGCCUACUCGACGUACGGAUACAGCACGAGCGAUCGGGUGCAUCUGGUGAACAACGGCGACGACUGCGCCGUGUCGGCGAACUAUCUGUACUCCGCUCCUGUCCUUGCGUCCGUGUCCUCGACGCCUCGCUUCCAGUUCACGCUGGAGUUGGACGAGUCGUUCGCGGGAAAGACCUGCCGUAUCUGCUACGCGUUCGGAAACGAGGUUGCCUACGCUACUUCGGAUCUGAUCCGCGUGAAGGGCAUGACCGGAUUCGUGGGUGUGCUGGACGUGACGACGAUCGACACGGAGCAGAGCGUGACGACGGCUGUGCUGAAUGUGGAGAAGAAGCUGGUGUUCCCGAGCAACAUGAACAUUGACUACACGGACCGCUUCCUGUUCGUCGAGAGCGAGAGCGCUUGCGAGAGCGCCACGGCGCUGCUGCCUCUGAACUCGGAGGCGAUGAUCUUGUACGUGAGCGUGCUGCGCACGAAUGCGCAGGACGUGGGCAAGCAGUUCUACGGAUGCAUGAAGUUCGGAUCGGAGCCGAAUACGUUCCUGCCUGGCGUGACCCUUCAGGUGAAGAGCUUCAACGGAAUGGAGGCGAUGGAGGGCGCGAACGACGUGCUGGUGCUGAGCCAGGCGAAGACGUUCGACAUCGACGCGACUGGCGGCGCCGGCGAGGGAGAUGCGGUGAUCAUCGCGCCGUCGGCCUGCACGGAUGUGAACGCUCCGAACCGCCUGGUGUUCCCGGUGGUGAAGAGCAGCGGAGACAAGAUCCAGGUGACGAUGCAGAUCGAGCCGGCGAACGUGGAGACGAUUCGUCAGUGGAACGUCUGCUACCGCUUCGUGUCGGAGUUGCCGACGGCGACCUCGCUGUCGAUGAACAUUCUGGGAUUCGCGUCGGCGGAUGCCAUGAGCGUGAACGUGGGAAGCAAGCAGAUGGCCAUCGUGGGCAAGUCCAAGAUUUAUUCGUUCGCGGGUGUGGAAGGUGCGCUGGAGGGCGACGAAGUGGCUCUGGGCUGCUCGUGCGACAACGACACCUAUGUGAUGCAGCCGCUGGAUAGCACGCUGUCUGUGUCGAUGAUGCUGGAGACCAAGCCUUCCUGCGCGGUGGGCGUGUGCUACCGCUUCCGCGAGGAGAUGCCGAUCUUCUAUGCUUGGAACAUGGUCGUGCAGGAGCUGGAGACUGUGAACGACGAGACUGCGCUGUCGCUGAAUAUGCUGGCCGGAAGCAGCAUGGUGCUGCGUUUCGGAGGCGCCUCGAGCACGAACGAUCGCAUGAAGCUGGUCAGCGCGACGAGCUCUUGCGUUGCUUCGAUUGACGACUUCAGCGAUGCGUACGGCUCCGAGAUUCCGGACCUGUGGGUGGCUUCUGUGGCGGUUUCGGACGACCAGAGCCACAGCGUUGUGACGCUGGGCGGAAACAACGACAUUCGCAACUACUUCGAUUCUCUGCAGGUGACGAUGGUGGACAAUACGCUGUCGGAGCAGAAGGCGCUGAUCAUCGGAGGCCGGCUGGUGUACGUGAACAACUACAACAGCGAGACGCGCGCGCUGUCUCUGGACCGCGUCUACAGCUCUCUGGAGGUGGGCGCGACGCUGAAGGCGGCUCACACGCACGGUCUGACCGUUUCGCAGAACGUGUACCAGGCGGAGGUGACGCUGCCGCUGUCCUACAACAACGAGGGCGUGCUGAAGCUCUGCUACGCGUUCGCUGGAGAUGCCUUCUUCGACUACGAGCAGUUCGUGGUGAAUGUGUAUCAGAUGCUGCCUGAGGCCUCGGAGACGCGCGGCGUGCAGCCGCUGGUGAUGCUGAGCGGCAUGACGAACGUGAUGACGCUGAACGGAACGGGUCUGAGCUCGGGCGACAAGAUCAAGCUGGUGAACGUGAUCGAGGACUGCAGCGCGGAGGCGGUGGUGGAGAGCCCGGUGGAGUGCGUGGACUCGCACUGCAGCGCGGUGAUCGAGACGGGCGUGUCGGGAUCGUUCCUUCUGUGCUACGAGUUCGCGAACAACCUGGGCACGCAGACGACGUACCAGUCGGUGGAUCUGGUGUCCAGCCAGGUGCAGGGCCAGAGUUCGGAGUACAACGUGUGGUUCAGCGUGGCCAACCAGGAGCACGUGAUCAUCUACAACACCACCAAGGAGGACAGCUUCAAGCAGACCUUGGUGCCGACCUUCGUGGAGCAGCUGAGCAACACGUUCACGGCGAGCGGCGAGCUGGAGACGGUGCUUCGUCCCGAGGGAUCGCUGGUGCUGUUCUCGAGCAGCAGCGCCUCGGCCGAGUACUUGUUCCUGACGAACCACAACGCGAAUAUGCUGGCCGAUGUGAUGGAGUUCGUGGUGGUGGUGGACUGCGAGCAGUUCCGCGCGGUGACGAUGCGUGUGCGCGUGCUCGUCGAUGGUGCGCAGAUCAUGGAGCAGACCGUGACCAUUCCGGAGUCGGGUGUGCACCGCAUCACCUUCACGUCUGCGAUGAUUCCCACGGAGGCUGCGCGCCGUCGUCUGUCCGAGUUCAGCGGCGUGAUCAGCUACGCGCUGCAGAUCUCGACCACGGCGACCAACAUGUUCACGUUCCACCGCACGUACAGCGAGAUGACGAUGUCGAUGGACGCUGUGGAGUCUUUCAAGUACGUGGAGAACGACUGUCUGGAGGAGCCGAUCGCGUCGGGCACGCUGAGCCAGGAGGACAACACGGUGACCUGGACGUUCGCCCAGGGCUCGGAGAACAAGGCGCUGAAGCUGUGCUACAGUCUGGGCGCUUCGAGAUACGCGGAGUGCGGAACGGAGUACAACAUGUACGUGGGAGACGUGACUGCGCUCACGAGCGAAGUGGGCGAUCCCGCGCACGUGGUCGUGGGUAUUCCCAAGGUGUUCGGACUGGAGGGAUCGUGGAUCCAGGAGAACGACAAGCUCUACUUCGCCUACCAGGAGAUCGAGACGGAGGUCAUGACGGUGAGCGCGAACCGCACGUUCCUGAUGGAUCUGCAGAGCGCGCCGACCUCAGAGCCGAUGGCGCUGCACUACAAGUUCAACUCGAUGCCCUACCAGACGUUCGAGCAGCUGACCGUCCAGGUGGACUAUGUGUCCUCCGUGGUCUUCUCGGGCGAGGAGGGCUACAUGGCUGUGGGCGUGCCUGUGCUGGUGGAAGUGACCGGAAGCGGUUUCCGCGACACGGACUCGAUCUUCUUCGUGGAGGAGAAUGACGCCUGCGAGGUGGACUCGGGACUGGGCCUGAGCCUGGUGACUGUGGAGGUGACGGAGGUGACGACGACGAGCGUGAAGGCGACCGCGAGCGCUCUGGCUGCUGCUUCGGGUCACAAUCUGAAGAUGUGCUACGCGUUCUCGGAGGAGGGAGCGAUUGCCGUGUCGGAUUCGAUCGCUGUGAUGGAGUUCGCCGCGGUGGAGACGACGAUGGGAAGUGUCAACGUGGCGGUUGCUGGCCAGGCCAAGACGGUGCGUGUGAUUGGCACGGGUCUGCGCGUCGGCGAUGUGAUCAGCUUCCACGCGACGGAGGAUUGCAGCUCCGCGGCGGUGGCUAGCUUCGCGGUGACGGACUCGGACGACGGUUUGGUGGCGACGUACCUGUUCAGCGCGGGCAGCAAUGGUGCCAGCUACGCGAUGUGCUACCAGUUCGGCCAGUCGACGACGAACGUGGUGCGUCUCAGCGCGUUCGAUGUGGUGGUGAAGGCGUUCGAGAGCUUCCUGGAUACGAUGGUGGAGUCGGAGAUUUCCUUCUUCGUGUCGCGCAACGCCAAGCCGGUGCGUGUGGUCGCCGACGGAUUUGCUGCCGGCGAUGAGCUGGCGUUCACUGCGGGCGCGGAUUGCGCGUCGCUGCUGCCUCUGUCGGUGGACGGCGUGGAGGCGAGCUCGCUGCCGCUGACGACGGUGAUGACGACGGUGAACAUCUACGAGGAGGUGACUUCUGGCAGCAUCCACGUGUGCUACAAGUUCGGAUCGGAGCCGUUCGCGUUCAUCCCGAACGCGUACGUGCUGUACUCGCUGAGCGUGUCUGCUGCGGAGGGACUGAGUGUGAGCAGCAUCGUCGCUGGCCAGAGCAAGACCUUCACCUUCACGCGCAGCCACAUCAACGCGGAGGACUACUUCUACUUCGUGCCUGCGACUGCGACGGCGUGCUACUCGACGGACAUGAUUCCCUCGAUCGGCAACGUGAUGAUUGGCGAGCAGACCUCGGUGACGCUGACCGUGUCGCAGCACAGCGAGAACCAGUACUACCAGCUCUGCUACGUGUUCGCCGGAGAAGAGCCUCAGCUGCUCGGCUCGAACGGAGCGUUCAGCCCCGCGAAGUGGGAUCUGAUGGUGAAGGGCGUGGUUGCGUUCACGAACGGAAGCGUGGUCGCGAAGCAGCCGAAGGAGGUGGCCGUGGACAUCUACGGCGUGAGCGACGCGGACGAGGCGUGGUUCUCGCCUCUGGAGUCGUGCGAGCCCGCUGUUCGCGCCGUGGUGUCGAUCAGCUCUACGGCGAUGGCUGUGGACUUCCCUGCCGCUGCGAACGCGCUGCAUCUGUGCUACCGCUUCGACGGCAACGCGGUGUUCUAUUACGCGGACUACACGCUGUCGGUGAAGGAGCUGCAGUCGGUGACGACGGAGUCGGGCGCGGCGACGGUGGCGGUGUGGCUGCGUCCCAAGUCGUUCACCUUCUCCGGCGUGGGCGUGGCUGCGGGCGACCGCGUGAAGUACGUCCCCUACAACAGCGACUGCUCGGCGGAGGUGGACUACAUGAUGGACCCUGUCGCGAACAUGACGGUGGAGUACUACGAGCUGGACGAGACGCUGUCGAUCGACACCUACUUCCUGGAGGAGAGCACGGAGGAAGAGCCCUACCAGAUCUGCUACCAGUUCCAGGGCCAGGAGUGGAUGAACUACGGACCGCAGGGAGCGUAUGGCAGCGAUAGCGUCUUCAAGCUGGUGGUGUUCGGUCGUCCUGUGGUGACGGCGUCGAGCGGAGACAAGAACGUGUUUGUGAAGGACGUGGCGAAGACCCUGACCUACAACGGCAUUCUGAUAACGCCUUCGGACCGAAUCAAGAUCGUGGAGGGCGGCGACUGCAGCGUGGCCGCGGUGUCUGCGGAGUUCGACGACAUGGUGCUCGGCGAAUCGCUGUCGCUGACGUUCAACUUCGCGGACGCGUCCUACCUCGGCAAGGAGAUGACGAUGUGCUUCCGCUUCGCGGACGAUUCGACCUACGUGACGCUGUUCGGCAUCUCGGUGAAGACGCUGACUUCGGCCGCGUUCACCUCGGGUCAUCCGCAGGUGUUGGUGGCCGGACAGGACAAGACGGUGACUCUGGAGGGAGUGGGUCUGAGCGCGAACGACCACGCCUACUUCUCGUACACGACGUGCGAGGAGGCGGUGCUGAACUUCCCUGUUGUUGCGGUGGGCGAGGAGGAGGAGGAUCAGAGCUUCUCGACGGUGGUGAACAUCCCGAUGGCGGAGAGCGCGGACUCGAUGGUGUUGUGCUACGCCUUCGGCAACGAGCUGCCCGUGCAGUACAGCUUCCUGAGCUUCGUGGUGAAGGGCGUGAACACUGCGGAGGUGGCUGGCCACGCGGACUACUCUGUGAACGUGAUCGAGCAGUCCGAGUCUCCGACGAUCCAGUUCUCUGGCUUCGGUAUGAGCAGCAACGAUAAGGUGUGGAUCGUGGAGCAGGGAGCGGAGUGCAUGGAGCAGAACGCCGUGAAGGUGCUGAGCGUGAGCGAGACCUACACGGUGCGCUACGCGUUCACCGCCGCGGAGAGCGAGAAGCGCUACGACGUGUGCUACGUGUUCUACACGUUCACUCUGGCGGAGGCGCCCAUCAAGUACGACAACCUGGCUCUCACGGUGCGCAGCCUGCCUACGGUGGCUGCCGCGGUGCCCGCGCUGGCGGCGAACGGAGCCGUGGUGGACCAGCCGAAGGUGUUCACGAUGGACACUGCGAUGGCGGGCGAGGGCGACUCGCUGCUGCUGGUGAACUCGCCGAGCAACGACUGCAUGGGCGAGGUGAUGCUCGAGGCGCCCGUGGCGCAGGACAAGACCGCGACGGUGACGCUGACGAACUCGACGGCGAACAGCUGGACGAUGUGCUACGUGUUCGCGGAGCAGACGCGCGCGUUCGAGGUGUCGGACUUCGUGUCGAAGGAGGUGCUGGACAUGGUGCCUGCGGACACGAACAGCACGCGCGUGACGGCGAACGUGAUGAAGGACUGGCUGCUGACGGUGAACGGAGGAUCGAACAACGACAAGGCGAAGAUGGUGACCGGCGAGGACUGCGAUAUGGGCGAAUGGGUGCCCGUGAUCGAUGGCGUGGUGGGCUUCGCGCUGGAGUACUCGGAGGAGGACUACAAGCUGUGCUACCUGUUCGACGGAGAGGAGCCGAUGAUGUACCCGGAGAUCCGUCUGAGCGUGCUGCACGUGAACGAGAUCACGAUCGACGACGGCGCUCGCAACGACGCGAUCAUCUUCAAGGUGGAUAACGCGAUCCGCAUCACGGGAAUGACGUUCCCUGGCGACAAGAUCUACCCGCUGGCCAAUCCUCUGAACGAGCCCGUGACUUCGUUCACGAGCAGCGACUGUCUGGAGGGCAUUCCUCUGGACGAGUACAUCGCGCGGUCGGAGGAUGGCGCGUUCCACGUGUCGGUGGUGACCGGAGGCAGCGUGCUGAUCUGCUACCUGUUCGAGGGCGAGACGAAGCCUACGCUGACCUCGUUCAAUCUGCUGGUGCUGGGCGUGAUCAACCCGACGAUGCGCGUGGGCGAGGAGGAGCUGAUCGGCACGGCCAAUCUGUGGGCGGUGAAGAACGUGACCACGCACCUCUCCUUCCAGUCCAGCGACACGGUGCACGAGGCUCGCUACAAGUGGGUGGCGAACGACGCGGCGGACUGCGACGCUCCGGGCGAGGGCAUGGAGUACGACGAGGACGGCAGCCGCGCGCUGCUGUACGACGCGGAGUACGAGCGCAUGUACGACGAGUUUGCGCUGACGAACACGACGACGGCGAACUACAAGCUGUGCUACCAGUUCAGCGGCAAGCGCUGGGUGUUCCUGAGCGAGCAGUCGCAGGGAGACGUGUACCCGCCGCUGACGCUGGAGUCGCGCGGCCUGCUGGACAUUCUGAGCGUGGACGAGUCGAGUCCGUUCGAGUUCGUGCCGCGCGAGGAGAAGCAGUGGAUGGUGGUGGUGGCGAACGGCAAGGAGAACGACAAGAUGCGUCUGGUGACGGGCAUCAGCUGCACGGACCGGGAGCAGAUCGUGGCGACGGCGGACGUGCAGGGCUAUCUGGUGGUGUGGAACACGGACGAGAACAGCUACGAGAAGCUGGCGAACACGGAUCACCUGUCGGUGUGCUACGGCUUCACGAACGCGGACUCGAACUUCUGGGUGCUGUACGACGAGUUCGACGUGGACGUGAUGUUCGUGAACCAGGUGACGUCCACGGGCAACCGCAACCUGAUCUACUUGAACCAGACCAAGGAGUACACGCUGCACGGAGCGAACAUCGACCGUCUGGAGGAGGUGUUCUUCGUGGAGCUGGCGGCCACCUGCGCGAGCGCGGAGCGCUACGGCCUGGCGCUGGUGGAGGGAGGCCAGGCGGUGGUGGUGUUCACGGAGCCGGUGGAGAGCACGCUGAAGAUGUGCGUGGUGUUCAAGAACCACAUGCCCAUGUCGGUGACGCCGGAGAACCAGAACAUUUUGGAGGUGAACGUGGUGUCGGUGGAGGCGAUGCAGUCGCUGGAGGGCUUCUCGAGCGACAGCUCCGUGAUGUCGCAGAACAAGCAGUUCCGCCUGCUGGGUUCGCACACCGAGCUGGUGCAGUCGGCGAUCUUCGCGAACUCGCCGUGCGACGACGUGUUCGAGGCCUUCCCGGUGAGCGAGGGCAGCUUCAACGUGUACUUCGAGACACACACGGAGGGCCGUCCGCUGACGCUCUGCGUGAAGUACCCGCUGGAGGAUCCGAUCGACACGGGCAUCGUGAUGUCGCUGAAGGCGCUGACGAAGAUCGAGGUGGACAAGGGAGACAAGCGCGUGCUGAUCUGGGGAACGAGCAAGACGUUCACCUUCUCGGGCUAUGGACUCAACGCGGAGGAGGAUACUGCGGAGUUCAUUCUGGCGACGUCGGUGCCGAACGACAGCGAGCAGUAAGGAAAGAGGAGAACGUCGUUUGUGGGGAGUAUAUACAUAUGUAUAUAUAUGAUUCUCCCCUGUCAUUGUUGUUGUUGUUGUUGUAAU